UUCAGACCAAAUUAUUUUUAAUCACAAAGAGACAUCCAGAUAUAUGGAUGUACUGUCAGCAAAAUCCUUAGACAUGCCUGCUGAUAAGUGUUCCUAAAGAUUCCUGUGGAAAGUAAUUGAGCCGUAGUUUUUUUUCAAUUGGAAACCGUAAAAUUAAACGUGCUGUUGUCUUGCUUCGAGGUGAGAUAAGUAGUUAAACGUUAACGCCGCUUAAAUCUGUUGUUUGGUCUUCACACAUCGAAGUGACACCAACAUGGCAGACUUUGGAGAGAUCCUCAGGAACAUUGGAGAGUUUGGCUUGUUCCAGCAGCUUACUCUUACUGCACUCGCGUUUCCAAACUUCUGCCAGGGUUUUCUGAUGUCCAGCUUUCUUUUCAUCCAGUCCGACCCGGAGCGACACUGCAACACGGACUGGAUCCUCAGGGCUGCUAACCUGACCACAGAGGAGCAGCUGAACCUCACCGUGCCCAGGGAGGAGGAUGGGAGCUUCAGCCGCUGUCGGAUGUUCGUCCCUGUGGACUGGGACAUCCAGGAUAUCAGGGAGUACGGCCUCAAUGAGACAACAGGCUGCAGGGAUGGAUGGGUUUAUGGCAGCAUGCUGUAUGAAUCCACCAUAAUUACUGAUUUUGAUUUGGUGUGUGGCCAGUCCAACAUGGUGGGAGUGAUACAAACGGUGUUUCUGGCCGGAAUCCUCCUGGGUUCUCUCAUGUUUGGACCUUUUGCUGAAUCGUUCGGUCGUAAGCGAGCAACUCAAAUUCCAGCGGUGAUAUCGUUUGUGUUCACCUUGACAACAGCUCUGUGCCCCAGCAUUUACUUAUACUUAGCGUCCAUUUUCAUGAUGGGAAUUGGAGCUGGUGGAUAUCGAGUCAACUGUAUUAUACUGGCCACCGAAUGGAUCGGCGUGUCCAAAAGGUCGUGGGGGGCAUGUGUGACGCAGCUCUUCGGCUCGGUCGGACAGUGCGUCCUGGCUGGUACCGUCUAUGGCAUCAGAAAGUGGAGAGUGGCUCAACUGAUCUCUGCAGCGCCUCUUGCGGUGGUUGCUGUCUACAUAUGGUUCAUCCCAGAGUCAGCCAGGUGGCUGUUAAACAAGGGACGGACAGAGGAAGUGAAGCAGCUCAUUGCCAAAGCAGCCGCCGUUAACAAACAGCCGGUCCCUCACUCUCUGCUGGAAAAGGUUACCGUGAACACAACCCCAAACAAUGGUGGCAUGAAGAUCAUUUUCAGAUCCCCACUGCUCACCAGAUAUUUCCUUACUGUUGUCCUGGCUUGGUUUUCACUGAACCUUUGCAUCUACUGCCUGUACUUAGACAUGGGAAACCUCGGCUUUAGCAUCUUUUUGACCCAGUUCCUCUUUGGUGCUUUUGAAAUACCUGCUGUUCUAUUCUCCAUGUGGCUGUUGGAGAUUUUGGGGAGAAAAGCGUUAUUCAUAUUUACCCUGGUAAUAGGAGGACUUUCUUCUUUGCUCAUUGUUGCUGUUCCCCAAGAACAUGCUCUAGCUGUUACGUCUUUGGCUGUGGCCGCUCGCUUCUUCCUGGUCUGGGCUGGUUCUGUAGCAUGCGUCUACAUCCAGGAGUUGAGUCCAACAUCAGUUCGACAAACUGCCACCGCUCUGGGCUCGAUAGCAGCAAGAGCAGGAGUGUUACUGGCGCCGCUGCUGAACAUGCUGGCGGUGUACCACUGGGUCAUCCCCAUCGUCGUCUCAAGCAGCCUGACAAUCGUCGGCGGAGCCCUGGGCUUCCUGCUCCCAGAGACCAAGAAAACUGAGCUUCCUGAGACAGCUGAAGAGGCGGAGAAAAACAGAGUCGCAGCAUCAGGAUCCGAUUCACCUUCUGAGUCGAACACGUUAUGAACUUUUGCCUGUCUACCUGUUUCAAAAUCCAUUACUGGCAACAUUCAU